AUGGAUCGCCGCGCCGCAGGACGUGCCCGACGCGCUCAGACGCCGACAAUUUUGUUCUCCUCAAUUAUGUUCCGGCAAUCCGCGCUGCACCGCCUUGUUAUGUACUUAAAGCUCGCCCUGAAUACAAAAGACAUGAAAUGCGAAUCUAAAAUCGAAAUUUACUCCAGAUGCUAUGACUGCUUUGACCGCGAUCAACCCUUCACUUUCCAAAUCGGCGUCGGUCAGGUGAUCAAGGGAUGGGACCAGGGACUUCUUGACAUGUGUGUUGGGCGGCACCGUGUAGCGGGGCGGAGCCCCACGUGGGCGCUUCUAGUUCCCUAUAAUUCCGCUUGCCGCGUCACCGCACCCAUCCUCGGAAGUGUGUCCAGCGCCGACGGCCUGCGCAGUAACUGUUUUUUAGGUAUCCCUGGGGACAGGGGCUAG